GGCUGGUGCUGUCUGCACGUGCGCGCGACGGGCGGCUGAAUGGCUGUUCUCCACUACCUCGCGGCGGUCCGUGCGGCGCGGGGGCUCUGGUGGCGGGCAGCGCGCGCGUCGUUGGGGCUCCCGGGGCCUUGCCCUGGGAGAGGCUACUCUGUGGACGCCGCACAGAGCCCACCCACUUUUGGGUUCCUGUUGGACAUUGAUGGAGUGCUGGUGCGGGGUCACAGAGUGAUCCCUGCUGCUCUGGAAGCGUUCCGCAGGCUGGUGAAUGCUCAUGGGCAGCUGCGGGUGCCUGUGGUCUUUGUCACGAAUGCUGGGAACAUCUUACAACACAGCAAAGCUCAGGAGCUGUCAGCCCUGCUGGGGUUCAAGGUGGAGCCGGACCAAGUCAUUCUUUCUCACAGUCCCAUGAAGCUUUUCUCACAAUAUCACAACAAGCGGAUGCUGGUGUCUGGGCAGGGGCCCCUGGUGGAAAAUGCCCGAGUACUGGGCUUCGAGAAUGUGGUUACUGUGGAUGAGUUGCGGAUGGCCUUUCCUGUGCUUGACAUGGUGGAUCUCCAGCGGCGGCCGAAGACCACGCCCCUUCCAAGGAACGACUUCCCUGCCAUUGAAGGAGUGCUUCUCCUUGGGGAGCCAGUCCGCUGGGAGACAAACCUGCAGCUGAUCAUGGAUGUCCUUCUCAGCAAUGGGAACCCUGGGACUGGUCUGGCGACGGCCCCUUAUCCCCAUCUCCCUGUCCUGGCCAGCAACAUGGAUCUCCUUUGGAUGGCUGAAGCCAAGAUGCCCAGGUUUGGCCACGGCAUCUUUUUGCUGUGCCUGGAAACCAUUUACCGGAAAGUGACAGGCAAAGAGCUGAGAUACGAGGGCUUGAUGGGCAAACCCAGCGUCCUCACUUACCAGUAUGCAGAGGACCUGAUCCGGCAGCAGGCGGAGAGGCAGGGCUGGGCGGCCCCCAUCCAGAAGCUCUAUGCUAUUGGUGAUAACCCUAUGUCUGAUGUCUACGGUGCCAACCUGUUCCACAAGUACCUGCAGAUGGCGAAGCAUGAUGGGGCAGAGGAGCGGGGGGCCGAUGGCUUGUGGAAGCGGCGGCCCUCAGCAACCCAGAGCUGUGCCUCUAUCCUGGUGUGCACUGGUGUGUACAAUCCCAAGGGCCCAGAGCCCACUAGGCCCACCCAGGAUGCAGUGGAGGCUCCAUUCCAUGGGCACCGGGACUUCAGCUUCAGUCCAGGGCUCAUGGAGGCGUCCCACAUUGUGAAUGAUGUGAACGAGGCUGUACAGCUGGUUUUCCACAAGGAGGGUUGGGCUUUGUAGUGAGGGCUGUUCGUUGGAGACAAGGGAAGGAGGGACCCUGGAGCUAGCGGGGAGUCCUGUUGACUGGCUUCUGGCCCACAUCACUGGGCAUCAAGUCAGGGCCACUUCCUGUGACACUUUCUGUGGCCCCACGGUGGAUAUUACUGGUCACUUAAAAGAAGACACUGGCUUUUUCUCCUGCUGGGCAGUAGCCACAGAACUGUCCCCGGGGUAGAACAAUCAGGAUUUUCUGGGCUCAGUUCCUGUCUGCUUCUCCUGGCAGUCUGACCGCGGGCCAGUCCCUUUACCUCUGUGCCUCAGUUUCUUCUCUCAUUUCAGUAGGGACUUCUGGAAAAAGGGGAAGUGGUGUGAAAUAAUGCAGAGCCUUGCCUGCAACUGAGGGCACCACUGCAUGCCAGCAAGGUGCGUCACUAACACUAUGAUACUGCUUUUUGUUGUAUUUUAGCUUAUUGCCCAGAGAGUUUUAGGCUUAUUUUUUUAAAUUAAAAUAAUCGUAAUAAAUAUUCAUUAUGCUGUCAAUUGUGAAGCGCUUCUGGAAUGUACUAAAAAGUCCUGUGGGGGAAGGAUAGUGGGUGAGCAAUGUGGGUGACCCUGAAGCAAAGAGAUUGGUGCCAUUGUGCUCCCAUAAUGUAUUGAUGUCUCCUUUCCUACCUUUUUUCUCCUUCCCACCACCAACCCACCCCUGGCCUGCAAAGCCCGAGUCUGUCUGGGAAUUAGUUAUGCCCAGGCUUUGGCAUGUACUUGACAACAACUCUGAUGUGGAAAAGAAAGGAUCGUGUUUAUGGUUUCUUCUGAAGGAAGGCACUUUUCCUAUAGUGAUCCUGGAAAGUGUGUGUUUCUUAUAUUCCUCCCUCUAGGAGCGACCCAUUUCUAUGGUCUGUGUCGUCCAUGACCCCAUGUUUGCCAAAUCCCCUGGUCCUUGCCCUUUGUUACUCUAGCAGUCAUUUGCAUGUGACACAAGCUGAUGACUCCCUCCCCUCUUCUCAAAACACUCUUUACUUGGCUCUAUCUCACCGACUUCUUGACCCCUUUGUUUGGAUG